UUGCAAGUAAACAAACUAGAUCUUUAAUUCAAAUCAUUGAUGUUAGUCAGAUUCAGGAGUCGUUAUAUGAAACUAUUGACGAAAAUUGGUUGUCAAUAAUUGUUCAGCGAUGCUCCAAUCUACGUUCUCUUAUCAUUCGAGAUGCAUCUUUUCUUACAACGAUGUCAAUUCGUAAACUCUGCUCUAGCCUUAAACAACCUCAUGGAUUUCUUGAACAUCUCGAUCUCUCAAAUUCAAAGAAUAUUACAGAGACAAUACUCAAAUCUUUAAUUCAAAAUUUUCCAGAACUUGCUCAAAUUACUCUUGACAAUUGCUCUGGUGUUUCUGACA